UUUUUUUUUUUUUGUAUUUUUAGUAGCGAUGGGGUUUCAUCAUGUUGGCCAGGCUGGUCCCAAACUCCUAAUCUCUAAUGAUCCACCUGCUUCAGCCUCCCAAAGUGCUGAGAUUACAGGCAUAAGCCACUGCACCUGGCCUCACUCAACAAACAUCCAGGGCCCACUGUGUACCAGCCAGGCUGUCUAUGCUAGGGGAUGGGGGUAUAUCAAUAAGACAAACAUGGUCCUCACGUUGCUUACAGGAGAGGAGGGAUGACAGACAAUGAGAGGGACAGUAUGGGGUGAUGCAUAAGGCAACCAGGUUGAUACCCCAGCCCUACCACCUGGGUGACCCCAGACAAGCUCAUUUUUUUUGUUGUUGUUGUUUUGUUUUGUUUUGUUUUGAGACAGGGUCUCACUCUUUCACCUAGGCUAGAGUGUGGUGGUGUGAUCACAGUUUACUGCAGCCUUGACCUCCCAGGCUCAAGCAAUCCUCCCACCUCAGCCUCCCAAGUAGAGCUGGGACUACAGGUGCAUGCCACAAUGCCUAGCUAAUUUCUUAAUUUUUUGUAGAGAUGGGGUCUCCCUAUUUUGUCCAGGCUGGUCUCGAACUCCGAGGCUCAAGCGACCCUCCCACCUGGGCCUUCCAAAGUGCAUUCUCCCCACCUACACACCCCUUUGUGACCCAAUGGAGUCAGGUGUGUCCGGGUUUGAACGGCUAGGCAAAUAAUUUAUCGAGUGUUGUGAACAUUCAGCCAUAAACGCAGCGACCUAACCCGAACGCCCAAUUCAUCGUAUGUUCUCAGUAAAUACCAGUUUCACGUUUUUCCUCUCUAAACACAAUCUUUUCUCCUUCUCCUCACUAGCAGGCUGGGAGGGCCAAAAGGAGGAGAUUAGGAUUGGGGAGAAACUGACUCUUAGGCAGCAGGGGAGAAAGUGUGUUUUUUAUUUAUAGUGCCAUUUGCAAAAGGGGCAAACUGUCUGUCACCACCCCCUCCACCAACUUUACGGGCGGUGGAGGGUGAGUCACUCCUCCCGUUACCCCCCGCAACCCUCAGUAACCUAUAACCUGGGGAAAGGGUCCCGAGAGCCGGGCCGGGACGCUGCGCCGCUGGGUUUAGGACCCGAGAGCGGAAUGGGCAGGAGGUGGAGGUGCACUUCUGCAAAUCUCAGGAACCGGAGCCCUGGAGGCGGCGGAUGAGAAAGUCCGCAGCCCUGGCAAUUUGGGGUGUGUGGGCAGGGAUUUAGCGUAUGUCCACAGCCUCUCUAGUGAGGGUGCCCCCACCCACGCUCCUCGGAAGGGCAGCGCUCCAUCGCCACCCUGCUACCCUUUCCCCAAGCGCCCAAUCCCACCUUGGCUGGCGCUCCGGGAGCCUCCGGGGGCGGAGGGAGGCGUGGCCUCGGGCGGCCCGCCCCUUUGAUGUGCGCCGGCGCCUCUGUGAUUGGACAGUCGCUUGUGACGUGUGGGGACUGCGGUGGGCUCCGCUGCUGCAGCAGCCGCAGCGCCGGCCGUGGCUCCGGCUCCGGCUCCGGCUCCCGGGCAUUUAAAGGGGACGCGGCGGCUGCCCGGGGGGAUGGGGGGCAAGUGGAGGGGACGGCUCAGACGCACAUCGUCCUCAGUCCCUCGGGACUGGAGGGACUCGUGAGCCGGAGCCCAGAAAUCCGGGGGUGGAUAAGACACCGCGUCCCCUCCAAUUCCCGUAAGCACCCCUUGCUCCAUCCGGCGCCCCAAUACCUCAGCUAGCCCCCUUCCCCACUUCUUACACACCAAACUCAGCCGGGACAGACCUCUGCCGCCGCCGCCCCCACGAACGUUUGACGACGGCUGGAGGCCAACAGAGUCCCUACAGGUGGUGCCCACGGUAAUGCACCGACAAUGAGUGGCUGUUUUCCAGUUUCUGGCCUCCGCUGCCUAUCUAGGGUCUUGGAUGUGCCAGCACCUCUGGCCGUGGCCCGCUAACCAGCCUCUCCCGGGCGGGCUCCUGCCGCGCCCCCUCUCGCUUGCUCCCUCCUCCUCCUCCUCCUGCUGCUCUCCCCCCUGCUCCCAGGACGGCGGGAUGGCUGCGCAGGGCGCGCCGCGCUUCCUCCUGACCUUCGACUUCGACGAGACUAUCGUGGACGAAAACAGCGACGAUUCCAUUGUGCGCGCCGCGCCAGGCCAGCGGCUCCCGGAGAGCCUGCGAGCCACCUACCGCGAGGGCUUUUACAACGAGUACAUGCAGCGCGUCUUCAAGUACCUGGGCGAGCAGGGUGUGCGACCGCGGGACUUGCGUGCCAUCUACGAAGCCAUCCCUUUGUCGCCAGGCAUGGGCGACCUGCUGCAGUUUGUGGCUAAACAGGGCGCCUGCUUCGAGGUGAUUCUCAUCUCCGAUGCCAACACCUUUGGCGUGGAGAGCGCGCUGCGCGCCGCCGGCCACCACAGCCUGUUCCGCCGUAUCCUCAGCAACCCAUCAGGGCCGGAUGCGCGGGGACUGCUGGCUCUGCGGCCGUUCCACACACACAGCUGCACGCGAUGCCCCGCCAACAUGUGCAAGCACAAGGUGCUCAGCGACUACCUGCGCGAGCGGGCCCACGAUGGCGUGCACUUCGAGCGCCUCUUCUACGUGGGCGACGGCGCCAACGACUUCUGCCCCAUGGGGCUGCUGGCGGGCGGCGACGUGGCCUUCCCACGCCGCGGCUACCCCAUGCACCGCCUCAUUCAGGAGGCCCAGAAGGCCGAGCCCAGCUCGUUCCGUGCCAGCGUGGUGCCCUGGGAAACGGCCGCCGACGUGCGCCUCCACCUGCAACAGUUAACCCACCUCGGCUGCCUCCCCCGCUCCACUGCGCACGGUUGAGUUCUGGAGUCUGACCCAUCGCGGGGUGGCGCGCAAACCUUGGAAGGCAGCAGUGUUUCCUGGUCCUACCAACUGGGAGGAAGGGGCUCCCUGGCAGGUGAGAGAAGGAACAUCUCCCGCCGCUGUAACUGUUGCCUCGGGCUGCGUGACUGCCCCCCCUCCAGUCUGCUGUGGAGGGAACCCAGGAUCCUGAAAUUCUCCUGGCCACAAGGACUCCCCACGGACAGAAGAGGGUCUUCACCUAUGGCCCUAGGCCUUUGCGAUCUUGCUUCACCCAACGCGACCCCACACUAUUUCUGUGCUGUCUACACCCUCUUGCCUCCCGACCUCCGCACUCCCUUCUAGCACCCCCAACGGAAAAGCCAGAGGGAACAAUUGCCUCCUGGUGGUGGUACGAGGUAGCGCACCGUCCGGCCCGGGUCCUGCCAGCCAAUAACCUCGCAGCGUGUGACGGUGUCUCCUUGCACCCCAGCCUCAUCUAUGCAGCAAGAGACCAGGGACUUUACCAAAGUCACCCUUGCGGGCUGGGCCCUCCACGCAUCCCCCUCCCAACCCCCAUGGAACAGAAAGCCAUGAUGUUUUUAAGCAGAACCAGCGAAACCCAAGCCCCUCCUUCCUCUGGUGUUUUACAACUAUAAAGGAGGUGAAGGGGGAAGAAA